CGGAUAACCUUGCUUCAAACAGGUUUGAAACUGUUGACCCAUUCUUUUUUUAAUGUCUUCAUAUAUAUUUAAACCACCGAAGUUCAAAAUUUAAUUGAUUCCAAGACGGAAGAUGAACAGUUUCGUGCUUUGUUUAUUAACCCUAGUGGCUUUUGGCAGCUGCCUCAAACUUCCUUCCAGUUUCAAAAAAUGUGACAGAAAGAGAACCGACUUUAACCAGUGCUUGAGUGAAGCUAUUUAUGGCGCCCUUAGGAUUUUAGACAAACCUUUGCCAUCGCAUGGUUUACCAAGUUUGUUCGACGUCGAAUUUCCAGACGUUGUCAAUGUAUUCGGAAACCGUACCUACGGGUUGCUACAGAAAUAUGAUCAAUUUAGGUUUAUCGGUCUGUCGAAACCGGAGAAUAUAAAAGCUAGAUUAGAUUUCGGUCCUUUGACUAGUACUUUGACAAUCGAAGCGACUUACUCUCAAGUUACGCUAGAAAGUGAAGUUGAGGCUCAAGGUACUAUUGUUCUUCUACCUGUAAACGUCAUAACACCUGUUGAAUACACUUUGGUUGAUCCAACGUUUACAUUUAGUUUUGAACUGGAGGAGUACGACAAAAGUACUACUUACUUUAGGGUAAUCGAUUCCAAAGUAGACAUGCAACUAGAGGCCAUUAAAUUCGGCUUCAAACAACUAUUCUCCAAUGAAAUUCUGAACGAAGAAUUUAAUUCUGCCAUGAGUGCAAAAUGGCGUCCGCUUUUUGCUCAUUUUAAGCACUUUUUAGCGAUUUUUGCUCCGCGGUUUGGGACAAUAUUGAACGAUUUUCUGAAAAAAGUUCCCGUUGCUGAGCUUUUCGAUGGUUAGAUGUUUAUUUCACAUUUUUAAAGCUGCUUUCUUUGUAGUCUAAAAAUAAAAAGCAACUCCCUA